GGUUUUGGCCUCAUUCCUGCAUAAUCAAUAUUAGGCUAGGUAGAAAACGGUCAUUUUCUUUCAUAAUUGCAUGUUACUUUCGCUGAAAAAAUAAUCUCAUAUAAAAUUAACAUAAAUAACAAUCAUCGUUGGUUACGUUGUGGAUGGCGUUUGUGCCAAAUUCACACAUUGCGAUUUCAUGUGAGUUAAUUUAAAGCAGCUCACUUGGUUACCCGAGCGUACGGCGUUUUUAGUCUGCCUACUUAUUAUUAGGUAUGCCACGUAAAACGUGUUUGUUCUAUUACAUGAAAUGUCGUGGCGCGACUCUCGCGACUUUACAGGUAUGAUGCUAAAAUAAAUAUUGAAACCGGCGAAGUAUAAAAUGAAUUGUCAGUUCAUUUCACGGCAGACAUCGUGGAGGAGACACUGUAAAUAAACUCAGAUUAAAUAGUUGUGAAAUAGUGGUGCUCUUGCACGUGAGAGGAUAUUUGGUGUGAGGCGGGCGGAGCCGAUGGUCGCGGCUCGGGCACGUCACGGCGGAGGGCUGUGCGGGCUCGGGUGCGGGGUGCGCGGACGACUCGCGUACCUCGCCACCGCCCGGCUUCGAUCGCGAGCUCUUCCAGGAGCUAAGCUAUCUACCUGAUGCGGAACUGCGCGAGUGCCUCGGCGAAUACCCUGACUUCCUAUACCACGUGGCGAGGGACAGAUACGGCCGACUCUACUUUCGCGUCAUCCGGACUUUGCUCCUUGAUAGAGUUCUAUGCAGCAACAGGGUGAGCCAAAUGACAAAAACCUACAAUGACAUUGAAGCGGUAACAAGGCUCUUAGAAGAAAAAGAGAAAGAUUUGGAGUUGACGGCACGCAUCGGCAAGGAGUUAUUGACAGCUAAUGGCCGACUGGAGGCGCGUGUUACAGCACUCGAGGGCGAUUUGCGCAGCGCUCGAGAUCUCAUCACACAGUUGAAACACGAUCUCACAACUAAAACAGAUUUAUUGCAGGUGUUAACAAAUGACACAGAGGAAGGCAACUCCCCGACGGAGGAGCAAGAAGCGGCUUGCGCGGCAGCGCUGCGCAAACGCACCGGCGCACUGGAGCGAGAAAAUCGAGCUCUUCGCGAGGAGGCUGCCCGGCUCGCCGCCGGCACCGACAGCGCCGAGCUGGCUGAGCAGCAGCUGCUGCGAGAUAUUGCGCAACAACUCGCGAGUGCAAACUCGGAAGCCACCAUCCUGGGCAAUGAGUUGGCGGAGGAGAGACAACGGAACGCCGACCUCCAGCACCAGGUUGAUAGUACAAACGCAAGGCUCGCCCUCACUGAAAGAAAUUUCCAACAGCUAACCGCAGAACACGAGCACACAAUAAGAAUAUUAGAAAUCACUAGAGAAAAUCAAAAUGCUCUUGCAGCAGAGUUGGCUGACACGAAGGAGCGGUACGCGGAAGUGGCAGCGCACCUGGCGGAGGCACAGGAACAGCUGCGACAGCUGCGCAAGCGUGGAGAGCCGGUGCGGGGGCUGAUGCCGAGCGUGGCGGCCGCCGCCGGCCUGCUGCCUGCCAGCCUGCACCGCGAGAUGCACUCCUCUGUCUUCUCGGAGCUCAGCCUCGACUCCGGCAUUGGCGAUCCGCUCGCACAGUCAAGUAUGCAGAAAGUGUUUGAAACCGUGCAGUGUGCAUCGCGGUGGUCGGGCGCGUCGGGUGCGUCGGGAGCGUCGCUGCACGGUUCGGACGCCGUGGACGCGCCGUCCGCGCCCCCCGCGCCCUCCGCCUACCUCAAGCCUCCUCCAAAGAGAACCUCCUGCGAUUCGUUCUUCGACGACACCUCCGAUACCGACUCCGAUGACCUAUACCCCGGCGGCGCGGGCGUGGGCGUGCCGGGCGCGCCGGGCGCGGCGGAGCUGGCGGCGGCGCUGCGCCGCCUCACGCCGCACGAGAUCGACUCGCGCCGCGCCUCGCUCGCCGCCUCGCACGUGCUGCGCCACCGCCGACACGCCGACAGAGACCUCAGUGAAGAGAGUGCGGUGUGGGGCGCCGGCGCAGCGGGUGGCCUGGCUCGAUUCCGCCCUCCACAUAAACUACAGAUCGUUAAACCUUUGGAGGGCUCCCUCACACUGCAUACGUGGGCGCAACUGGCUAAACCCACAAUGUCAGGUCUUCUAGAAGAGCAAGAGGGUGUAGGUGUCCGCGGUUCGAGGUCAGCGGCUGCGCUCGGCAUGCAGACGUACCGGCUGUCCGACGUGGAGGAAGACGACGACAUGCCGCGUCUACCGCACGCUAGUCACGUGUACACAUUCACUAAUAGCACCGUGCUUCAUCCGAACGAUGGUAGCCUCGCGAGCACGAGCGUGAGCAGUGUGUGCAGCAGCGGUAUGAGCAGCCUCGCGAGCAGCGUGCUGGGCAGCGCAUGGAGCUCGCGGCUCACGUCGCGCCGCACCUCCGCCGCCGUGUCGCCCGUGCUCUCGCGCCGCGAGUCCUUCUGCACGCCGCCUUCGCGGCCGCACUUCUCGCCCACCGCCACGCCUGCCAACAGCCCGCUGCUCGGCUCGCCGGACGCCUCGCCGCCGGCGACGCCGCGCCCCGGCGACGCACCGCCCUCCCUGCACGCGCUUAUCGCCAGCGGAACCUCCAUCUUGCGACGGCGGUACCUGGGCGCCGCGUCGCCGUCGGCGGACGGGGCACCCGCCCCGCUCGCUCUCCAGACGCCCGGAUCACUAUACACGGGCCUCGUGCACCGCAGCCCCAUGGAGCAGCUUACGUGUUUGAAACGCACGCUGCGUUCGCCGGCCGCCCCGCCUACCGCGGAACUAAGCUCGCCUGCGGCUCCGACUGCGCUGCCACUCGGCGUGCCCGCGCACCCAGGUGAGGGUGCACUGGACGCCGGUGCAACGAACGGACGGCGAUUGCGGCCCCGUGCCGACUUGGGUACGGUGGAGCCGGCGCAGCCGUCGAGCCCGGCGACUCGGUCGCCGUUCGGUACGCUCAGCCUUCUUUUCGGCCGGAAAGGCGGUCUACUGUAGGAGCGUCACGUCGCGGACGAGGCAAUCCUCGAGCGGUUGUUCGCCUCGAUGUCUCAUCAGUUUCUCCGUAAUAUGGAGAAAACAAUUUAGUUUUUUGUGAUUAAACGGUGGAUGUCACUUGUUUUCUACGUGAUACUUUUUAUAAGCAUCUAGAAUAUUAUUAGCGUGCGUCUACCGUGAGAGGUUUUGUUUUGAAUUAGUAUAAUUUCAAUAUCUCGAUUUUUAUUAUAUUUUGACGUGUAUUUUUCGUAGCAUUUUUUUUUUGUAGAGAAUUGCCAUGUGCAUUUAUGUGGCUAGCCGCGGGAUUGUAAAACGAGUGAACAUUAUUUGAAUAUUUCUCAUUUUCUGUAUGCAUUUUAUUCUCUCUGAAACAUUCCUACUGUUAAGAGCUCAACUAUUUGAUCUUCUAGAUAGAGAGAAAUAUCACCAGGAUGCAAGAAUUCUUAUAAUGCAAUUGCGGGCUGUUUAAAAGUCAAAUAUAAUAUUAAACUAAAAAAUAAAAGUAUUUUAAAUCAAUCAAUAUGAUACUGGUCGAUAAAAGUUUUGUGACCAAGUUUUUUUAAUAUUCAAAACUAUCGAGAUAAUAGUAUAUUGAUUUUAUAAAUGAGAAUGUCCCGUCGCUGAACACCGUAGUAUUAUUUAUAAGGGUUGUAAUAUUUAUAAUUAGGUAGAUCAAUAGUGAGACUUAAUACUUAGAUAAUGUAGGGCUUCAAGUAAACGUAAAUCAACACUGAUAUUCAACAUGCAAUUAUUGCAAUAAUGUUAUCAUGCCUUUGAUUGUUUUUAGUGUUGAUAAAUAUUGUAUCAUUGUAAAUAAUCAAAUUUCCAUUAAUUUAGAAGAGUACAAAUUAUUUAUGUCUAAUAUGAUAAAUAGUGUAUUAUUAUUCUUGACGAAUAAUAAUUAAUGCAGGUAUUUUUUUUUUACUUAAAUGUUUUUUAUUGAUUGAGAUUGGGGUAUUCUGAAACAUCAUAACUAUUUCUAAAAUUUCAGUUUUCUGUAAUUUAUAAUAAUAGAAAAUUAGAAAUUAUCAUAGAGUCUACUUUAAAUCGACUCAAUAUUCACAAUAAUCUUUAUUUAAUGAACAUAAAUUUGAUGGUUCAAAAUAUAUUGACUAAACUAUACAUUUAAAUUUUAUAAUUUUAAAGACUAAAGUUUUAGAGAUAGGUUUAAGGAGAUGGCACUCGGAACCAACCCUAUUGUUAAUGUCCAUAAUUUUUUGUAAAUAAAUGAAGGAAGUUUCGCUUCAUGCCAUUUUGUUGCUUAAUCGAUUAUUCGUAAUUUCUGGUCUUUGGUACUAAUUUAGGUCUGAAAUAAAUAAUGGUGCAUGCCAUAGUAUAGGUAAUUUUUGAAUUUUUGCAAAAAAGUUGCACCAUACGGAUGGGAAGGACAGAAUGUCGAUAAUGAUCACAGCUAUCUCCAAUUUAGUAAAUUGUUAUAGUUCAAUUUGUUCAGUUACUGUUAGGUUACUGAAAUUGGUGCUAGAUAGUAUUAUUAUGUCAGUUUUGAUUUAAUAGUAACACACUUUGUGUUAUUUUACUUACUCUGUUAUAGUUUUGGUUUCAUGUAAUUGUACUUUGAACUUAAGUAGUCAAGUAUGUAUACAAAUGAAUAUAAUGAUAUUGUCUGAUAAAAGGCCUGAGAAUUUAAGUUCAUAGUAAGAUUCAGUAGCAGGUUUUGCCUUUGCUUUAAUUUAUAAAAAUAGUCAAUGGAGAAAUAAUGUUGGUAAUCAAUGUUAGGCUGUGAAGCGAUCAACUGUUGAGGUGUUUAGAAAAUGUUAUCUAGACCUGAAAUCUACUUGUAAGUAGGCACAAACUAUGGUGUAGACUUAAGGGCAAUCUGAUGAGAUAUGACGAUUACAAUAAAAUGAUAAUGAAUGAAUAAUAAAAGAAAUAUAAUUUAUUCAAACUUU